GGAAGGCAUGGGCUCCUGGUGCUGGUCGCACGGCAAUGUCGAUGCGGCCAGCAAGCAUAUUCAAAGGUUCCAUCAGGCUGAUGGCCCGCCAUGCUCUCCCACCCCAUCUCGCACAUAAAUCUGCACUUGCCCUUGUCCUGACCGAGGACGACUCGCCGCUGGCGUAUGCAUGCGUCCAGGGCAUUCGUCAUCAUCACGAUAAGAGCUUCGACCGUUGGCCACCCCACAUCAACUUGGUCUAUCCGUUCCUGGCCAACCCAAGCACGCAAAUCGACGCCAUUCUCGCGCGUGUCGCUGCCGCUGUCGAAGGCGUUCCGGCUGUCGAGGCGACGUUUCCGGCUGUCCAUCACUUCGUCCACUCGAAGAAAUCAGCCACAAUCUUCUUGGAUCCAGAUAAUGAAUCGACGCGGCCGCAGUUGCAAGCCAUCCAGGCGGCUGUCCAAGCGGCGUUCCCAGAGUGUAACCACGACACGCGGCCAUUUGUCCCCCACUUGACUCUUGGUCAAACCGGAGGAAGCAACCAAGCGAUCGCGUCGUUGACAAGACUGAUCGACUCUUCGUUUCGCGCCAAGAGCUCCGAAGGUCAAGCCGCCACAGACGCUGAGCCCACUUCGUGGACCUUGCGCUGGUCGAUCGGUCGCUUGGUCGUCCUGGAGCGACAGGGAGCCGACGAUCCGUUCAAGAUUGUCGGGCAAGUUGCGUUACACGGCAAUGCGAAGGAUUAGGAAGGUUGUCCCGUGAAACAACAUUUCCAUCACUCGUCAUUCGUUAUGUUAUGUUCGAUUCGCCAUGGCCAUCGCCGUGAACUUCAUGCCAACGUUUCCGACCUUCUUCUUGCGCUCUUCGGCCUCCAGUUCCCUCUGCUUGAGUUCCGUCUGACGCUUCAUCCAAUAUGCUUGUUUGUUGGCCUGAUCCUUUACCAUUUGCUUGAGACUUGACGCUGAUGCUGGAUGUUUCUUUUGUGUCCCGUUGAGCUCUUGCGUUCGCCGAACUUCUUCGCAGAUCCACUGCAAUGCUGUGACCCACUCCGACCGGAGCUCCGCCGACUCGGCGUCCAGUUCCAAGAGCACAUCACCUUGCAUCGAGUAGAUUUGGAAACCCGUUGGGCCGCUGGGCAAGACGGAUUUGAUGUCACCUACUUCGAUCUCAUUCGGUUUGGCGCCGUCUGCUUGUUUGUCCGACGUCCACAGGAGGAUUUCGUCCGAGUCGGCGUGGAGUUGCAAGUGGAUGGUCUCUGUCCCGGUAUGCAAACCGAACGUGUAUUUCUUGCGCGUAAACACGCCGCCUGCUUGGAGGAACUUGGCUCGCUCGUCAUGCUCUCGAAUGGCUUGGCAAUGCUCAAAGCAGUUCAGAUUCCCCAUCCUUUCCUUGCAUUAUGC